GGCGUGGCCUGACCAAUGAAACCUCACCUAAGGACGACCACACGUGCCUGUCUUCAAGCCAAAUAAUUUUGGUUCUGAGUUUGCUUUUGUAUAUGUUUUGUAUAUAAAUUUGAAUUUCAUCAUGACAACUCCGAUUUCAAAUAUGGACUUUUGUGCUUCGUGCGGCUCAAUCAUGCCGGUGUUGCAGCCAAACGGUGGCUUGACUUGCUACACCUGCACCAAGUCUUACCCUGUUGAUGAACUGGAUGCAAACGAGGUUCACUACGUCCUUCACUUCAAUUCUGUUGACGCCGAUCAGUUGGAAACUGAGAAAAAGAGGAAGAAGAAAAGGAAACAUGCUGCGGCCGAAGCCGAGGGACCCGUCGUUGAAAGAAAGUGUCCCAAGUGUGGAAACGACGUCAUGUCCUACGCCACCCUGCAGCUCAGAUCUGCCGAUGAAGGUCAAACUGUUUUCUACACCUGUACUAAAUGCAAAUAUAAGGAGACGGAGAAUUCUUAAAUUUACAAGAAAAGAAGACUCUUGAUUUUAUACUUUGUAAUUAAUAAUUUCUAUAAUGUAUUUUUCGCAUUAAAAUAGAUUUCUGUUAAUAACGAAUGCUUUAGUAUAAAAAAACUGUGAUAAUUACAUUCUAAAUUGAUCUUUAACAGAUUGAAACCUUAUUAAA